AUGGCCCCUCCACGGGUGGGCCCGCUGGCGGCCCUGCUGGCGGCGGUGCUUUGCCUGCUGCCAGCGGUGUUGGGGCUGGCGCCGGAGCAGGACAUGUACCUGCACGCGGCGCGGGACCCGGUCCUGCUCCUGUCCGAUCCGGUGGAGAUGGUGUCGCCCUCGGUUCAGUCCUCGACGGGCGCCGUGCGGAGGAGCAAUACCAUCCUCGAUUUGCACCUGCAAAUGGACCAGGUCCAUCAGCUGCCGGAGGUCCGGUGGGGCUCGUUCUUUGGGGAGUCCUUCAUGGAGCUCCACUGUCCGCGGGCGGACAAUCCCGGCACCUGGCCGCUGAUGAUUUUGCCAGUCGGCGAGGCGGCCGCCCCGACGGCAGUCGAGUACACCCAAAGCACGGUGGCCCUUUUUGGCGAGACCAUGGUCUUUGAUCUGCCGGCUUCGGACAGCCUCCUGCUGGCCGGAACCGCGUUUUCCACCUCGCAAGUGGACCUGCUCGGGCUCUAUGGGCCGGCCGACGCCCCGCGCGAUGCAUUCAUGGGCACCAUCACGCCGGACGGCUUCGGCUGGCAGCUCCUGGAGCUGGCCCCGGUGUCCGGGGUGGCCAUCGGCCAGCCCGGCAUCGGGCGGGCAUUCUACCUGGCCAACGGCCACCACCUGAUGUGCAUCAUGACUUCGGACUCCAGGGUCACCGAGACCUCGACCGCCCUGAUGCCGGGCGCCAUCCUGGCCAUGGCGGCCACGCAGCUGGCCGUGCCGGGAGGCAGUUGCCCCGGGCUCCGGGCCGAUGUGCUGGUCCUGCUUGACAGCGGCCAGUUGCAGAUCCACCUGUGCCUCGGGCUCGAGGGGCCCGUGGGGGUGGUCUACGGGGCGUUGCCGGCCGGGGUGUCGGCCGCCGGGGCCUGGUUCCUGACGCCGGCCGCCCCCUCGACCGCCGGGGCUCCGGCGCCCCUGUACCUGGUGCUGCCCUCGGCCGCGGAUGCCCGAGACCGGCUGUGGCUGGCUCACAUCCGGGAGGUGGGGCUGGCGUGGCAGCGCGUGGUCCUGCCGCCGGUGGUGACCCGGCUGUCGGACCUGCGGCUGGCCCGGCUGCGCAUGGAGGACCACCGGUCCGGCCGGUGGACGCUGCUGCAUGGGCAAACGGCCCUCUUCGAGUCGAGCUCCUUCGGGUGUGACUCCGACCGGAGCAUCACCUGCGACGGUGGCCUGGUGUCCUCCGGCUCAGCGAGCGGGUGGGCCUGUGCCGAGGGUCAUGCCGAGGCGCCGUACGUCUCGCCGGGCAAACUGUGCGCCGGCUGCAUGGAUGGGUGGUUCCUGGACCGACCUGCCGAUGAGGUCCCCCUGUCGGAGCCGAGCCAUGUGUGCCGGCCCUGCGCGUCGGCCCACUGCCGGACAUGCGAUGCCCGGGACUGCCUCGUAUGCGAGGAGACCCACUUCCCGGAGCCGAGCGGCCCGGCCGGGGCGACCGUCUGCGUGGCCGUCUGCUCGCGGGGCUUUGCCCUGGUGGCCGGGGCGUGCCAGCCUGCUGGCAUGCCAUUGGCGGUGGCCCGGCUCACGGUGCCGGAAGCCGACCCGGUCCCCGGGCUGGCGCCUGGGGACAGUGUCACCGCCGCCGGGGAGACCUGGCUGCAGGUGGACCCCGGCACCGGGCUGCCGGUGGUCCCGGCGGCGGCCGCCGAUGCGGGCCCGGCCGCGGGGAUGCUCCUUUUCACCGAGCAGCAAAAGGUCCUUUUCCUGCCGGCCAGCGCUGUCGGCCAGGCUGGCGGGGCCCCGCCGGCCCGGGAGGUUGUCCUGCUGGAUGUGAACCUGCCAGGGCCGGUGGUGGCUUUCGCCGAGACCCGGUCCUUCUCCGAGGACAAUCAGCUGCUCCUGAUGCUGGCCCUGUGCUUGCGGCCCGGGACGACGUUUGUGGUGAUCCUCGCGUGUCCCGCCGGGCCCGGGGGGACGGCUUGCGUGAUUGCGCGGCCGGCGUCUGCCAGCCUCCUGUCGGCGGAUGGCUGCCUGGCCGUGCGGCGCGUCGACUCCGGCAGCCUAUUUGUGCAGAAGACCCGGACCUGGGGGCUGCUGCUUCGGCCGGAUGUCACCCAGCAGAGGGUCUCGGCGGCGGUGCUCGAGGGCCACGGGCUGGUGGGCUUGCCGGUCCGAUCCGGGGAUCGAGCUCGGCUGGACCCGGGCCCGGGCGAGUGGUUCCUCUCGGUCAAUUCGCUGGGGCUGCCGGGUGCGGCGCCGCAGUUUCUCCCCUGGUCGUGGGAUUCCCGGCUGCUGUCGCUCAGUGGGCGGCUGCUUCGGCGGCAGGCGGCGGCGGCCCUGGCGGUGGACGGCCCGUGUGUGCCGGUGUUUCUGCCCCGCGGCCCGGGGGGGGCCCCGCCGGAGCUGGUCUUCCCCCUGGGUGCCGGGUCCGACUGGACGGUUCUCCGGGUGCCCGGGGACAUGCUGCCGUCCGGCCGGUCGGUCGACUUGCCCUUCAGCUGGCAUGUGCUCGGGGCCCUGCCCCGGGAACUGCCGCCCAGCCGGGGGUCGUCCUCGGACGUCCUCUUUCAGGGGGUGGCCCUGCCGGCCGGGGGGGCCCGGUUCCCGAGUGCGCUGGUGUUGCUGGCGCGCCACUUCAUCGGCGUGUCGCUGCUAUUUUGCGCGGACGGCGCGGCCGGGCCGUGUGUCCUCCGGCCGGCGGUCUUUGUGGACCUGCCGGCCGGGAUGCACUCCACGGCCGAUGCCGGGCUCUGGACGCUGGCGGUGGCAGGGGGCCCGGGCCCGGGCCCGGGGCCGGUCGGGACGUUGCAGUCACCCGGCGAGGUGACCCUGGUGGCCUUUGCGCCGGAUGUCGGCAUGCUGGUCUUCGCCCUGGCGAUGGAGUGCCCCGGCGGGGGGGAUGCGCCGCUGUGCGCCCCCUGCCAUGAGGCGUGUGCCACGUGCGACGCCCCGGGCCCGGACGGGUGCAUGUCCUGUCGCCACUGGGCGUGGACUUCGCCGGGCGAGUGUCUGGCUGCCUGCCCGGGUGGCUUGUUCGCGGAGCCCGACGGCCGGUGUGUUUGCCAUCCCACGUGCGCCCAGUGCGCCCAGGCGGGUGCCAGCGGCUACACCUGCACCCGGUGCGUCGGUGGGCAUGCUGUCGACCCGCAUGCCGGCUCGCCGGGCCGGUGCUUCGAGUGCGCGGCCUCCUGCGGGGAGUGCUCGCGGCCUGGCGACCCGGCGGCCUGCACGGCGUGCCUGACCGGUGAUUGGCUGCUUGAUGGCACAUGUGUCGGCUGUCUGACGCGCGCGGCCCCCUGGCCGGGCAUGAACAUCGGCGAGAUCAUGGCCGCGGUGCUUGGCGGCUCCCGGCCGGUGAUCAGUCCUCUGGCCGGCAGCGCCGCGGACCUGGUGCAGGCCGGCUGGCAGGAGGACCCCGGUCGGCGGCCGAGCACUGCGGCCUUCCGCCAGCGCUGUGCCGCUCUGUUUGUGGCCUCCGGCGGCCUGGCCGGCCCUUGAGACGGCGAUCCGACAGGCUCUCGCGCGGCGUGCAUCACCCCUGGGCCGGUGUGAUGGUGGUCCUCCUGACCGGGGGGGGGGGGGUCCCGGCAUGGGACUACACCACCGGCGGUGAGAGCAAAUAGACUGACUCUCCCCUUCGUCUGGGCA